GAUAUGGCGGCUUUGAGAAACUUGGCUAUAAGUCCAGGUGGCUUGGUGAAUAAGAAAAUGAGACAAAAAGUCUGGCCAUUGCUUCUAAAUGUCAACACUGAGAACAUCCCCCCAAAGCCUUGUAAGUAUCAAAUGAAAAUAAAAUUAAUAAUAUUGAAUCACUUGGUAUCUGAAUUUGUGAAACUUUAAAAAAAAAGAUACUACUGUACGGGUAAUGAGAGUAUUCUUGAUUUGAAAAAGAAAAACGGUGAGUUUUGCUUUUAUCCAGAUGUAAAAAUCUCUCUUCAAUUCUUGCUGUUUUAGUUAAGUGCUCCUUGAAUUACUUUUAGAACCAAAUGUUUUUUCUAAAUAUGCAAGCUACCAACAAUACAGAGCAGCCUUAAGUUAACUUUGGUCACUCAAUUUUACUUCAACACUAUGGAACAGCCUUAGUAGAAGUUUCUCACUAAAUUUUACAUUCUUUCAAUCUUAAAUAGCUUACUACAAUGAUGAUUACAUUAUUCUAUGAUCUUAUUGUCUAUUGUUUGUAUUGUUUGUUUUGCCUAUGUAAAGGUUCUUCCAAUACUUAAAUGACAUGAAAUAAUAUGUCACCCCAAAAAUGAUGCUGGGCGUAAGAAAAGUUUGGCGAUUUCGACAUGCCUACUUAUAAGGGCUGCUCAUCCCUUACUUCGAUGUUUUAAUUCUUCAUUAUUUUUUAUUUUUUUUUUAAAUUCAUGUUGUUCAUUACUCUUGGUUUUGAUAGCACAAGAAGAAAUGAUGGCUUUGUCAAAAACAUAUGCCCAAGUUGUGAUGGAUGUUAACAGGUCCAGCAGUAGAUUUCCACCUGGUAAGGGAAAAUAAGAUUUUAACUUUGACUUUUAACUUCUAACUUUGAUUGUGCCAUAUUAAUAUUGUGUACAAAAAAUAACUGUGUUGCAAAGUGAACAUUAAUUUAAGCACCUACUCCUUGCAGUAGGCCGACACUUAAGUUAAUCCAGCUAAACUCAUCAAAUCACAUUUAUUAAAUUUCACAUUUACAAGAAAGGCUGUAUAUUUUUUAUGUAAUUACUUCUGUUACUCCAUCCAAGCUUUUCCUAAAUACUGACUCCCUGAAGCCAAUUCAAGACCUUUUGAACAUUUCAACAUUUACACUGGGGAAAUGAAUUGCUCUAUGUAGUUCUGUUUUUUUAAUCAUUUUAAAAUUAAGUUUUUAAAAAGGAAUCAUAUAUUUUUUUCAGCAAAGGAGGAUGAUAUUUGGCUAAAUCCAAAAGCAAAUAUCUAUGUAAUUUAGCAUAAAUGAUUUGUAUUUUGUAAGUGAAUCUCAUUUUUGGAACACAUGGUGGGCCACAUAGAAUUGAAUUUUAACUCUACCAACUUUAAACUUAGGUAUUGAUGACCAUGUACGCAUGUCUAUGAAAGAUAAACUUGUCGAUCUGAUCAUGCGUGUGAUGCUAAAGAACAGAAAACUGAAAUAUUACCAGGUAAACUAUGUUAAAAUUCUGAGUUCUGCAUAUUGGAAGAUAAUUUUUUUGACUUUCAUUUGUUCAUCUUUUGUGCCUUAGCUUUUUUUUAUUCGGUAGCAUAUGAGGUUACUAUUAUUGCUUCAGUUGGUCAACUUUUUGAAUUUUAAGCUUUUUUCUUAUUAUAUUUCAAAUUGUCUUUCAUCUAACUUAUCUCAAAUCUGUUAUUAUGUUACUACUUUUUCUUGAGGGUUUCCAUGAUGUUUGUAUAACAUUUCUGUUAUGCAUGGAUGAGGACCUUGCCUUUGCCAUGGUGGACAGACUUGCCUUGGGGAACAUGAGGUAGUUUUACACUAUGAAAUAGGAAGAAUGCUUUUUUUAAAAAAACUACAUAUAAAAGAAAAAUGAUUGUGAAGCAUGGAAAUAUAUAAUAGUGCUUUUAGGCUUGUUGAGUAAAAUAAAGAAGUAUUGAAAAUACUUUUUAUGGAGUCUUUUAUAAAUUUUGUCAAGUUUUAACCAUUAUAUAUUAAUGUAUCAGCUUACAUGCAGCGUAUUUUGGUCUUUAUAUCUGAUAAUCAUUAUUUUGAGUAAAGUAGUGUCAAUUACAGAGAAAUUCCAUGCUGACUGUUUACACUAAUUAUUUAUCACAUUAUUGAGUCAUAUGAAACAUUACAUAUUUUUAUCAGGUUAUUUUAGUCAUUUGGCAACUUAAAAGGAAAACUUCAAAAUUAAUGAUAGCUGGACUUUUUGCGAAAUGCGCACAAAAUAAACACUAUUUAAAUUUUAAUUUAUUUUAUAUGACAGUUGCAUCAUUUCUAUAUGAGGCUGUUUUGUUUUAAAUCAACACUUUCACUAUACUAUUUCAUAAUCAAAUGUUUUAACAUUUUAAUACCUGUAUUGGAUUUUAUAGUAAUCGUAAUUCUGUUUAUUUAUACGAUCACAAAUGAUUUGAUUGAUUGUAAAGUCAUAGAUAUUGAAAAGUCUUAGAGGUUUUCUCAUCCUAUAGUAAAACUUAAGUGUUAAACAAAAUUAUUUUCCAUUAUUCAGAUUACUGGGUUAUUUAUUUUAUGUCAGUAGUUAGGAACGUUUUACUCUCACUGUAUUUCUUGUUGUGUCUGUUAAAUUAAGUAUUGCCUACCUUUUGUCAAUUGGUAAUGUGAACUUUUAAAAAAGUUACAUCAAUCCUCUCAAAGUUUCAUUUACACCUUGGUUCAGAACUACUUGAACACUUGAUACCACAUGAAAAACUCAAGUCCCAAUAUGUCCAUAAUAUAGAACUAUAUUAUAACUAUUUAAAUAAUUGUUAUUUUGUUAUGGUAUAUAAAUGCUUUGUGUUAUUCUAGAGAGUAUUUGGAUGACACAAUGGAAAG